GACCGGAAGUUGUCAUUCUAACCGCUUCCUACUUUCUUCGUCAAAACAUUCCGGUGUGUCUAUGCGACUCUAACGGCGCUUUUCGGAUUUUAGGGGUGAUUAUGGCUGCGAACUGCAGCGCCGGUUCGGCCACGGAGCCUCCGGGACUCGAGACCCAAUGGCGGGAGAUCGACAACCUGAAUCAACAGCAGCUCCGGGCCGGGGACAGCUGGUAUUUGUUGGACAAGAGAUGGUAUGAUCAGUGGAAGGAGUAUGUGGACACUGGGGACCAAAAUUCCACCUCCUAUCCUGGAAAGAUUGAUAACACGGAGCUCUACGAAGAUCUGGAUUCCUACCGCCUGAAAGAACGACUGACAGAGAAUGAAGACUUUAUCCUGGUCCCAGCAGAAGCCUGGCAUAAACUCUUGUCGUGGUAUGACAUGAUGGACAAUCAGCCUCCUUUGGAAAGAAAGGUCGUUGAUCUUCCCAGCACUGUUAAAGUCGAGGUCUAUCCUGUGGAGAUCUACCUCUGUCUCUCUAGCAAUUUGGAGAGCACCGUAACUGCACAGUUCAGUCGAGCAGACAAGAUACAUGCUAUACAUCAGAAGAUACGACAGCAUUUUGAUGUGUCAGAAACUGCAGAGAGCCGACUGUGGAUGAGGAGUGUGGAUACGAGCUCGGAGAGGCUACGAAACUUGAACAUGACUGUCCUAGACUCCUGCCUCAGCUCCGGCAUGACGGUGAUUAUGGAGAUCAGGAAUGCGGAUGGUACGUGGCCUACGUCCAGGCCUCAGAUCAUGCGUAACUCUGCUGAUGAGGACUCGUAUCGAGGGCCUCCUGGAGUCUGUGGCCUUACAAACCUGGGCAACACCUGCUUCAUGAACUCCGCUUUACAGUGUCUAAGUAACACGCCGCCACUGACCGAGUACUUCCUGAAGAACUUGUAUUUGGAGGAGCUGAACUUCAGCAACCCUCUGGGCAUGAAGGGGGAAAUUGCAGAGGCGUACGCAGAUGUCAUCAAACAGAUGUGGUCGGGAAGGCAUUAUUCCGUGGUUCCUCGGGUAUUUAAGACAAAAGUGGGCCAUUUUGCAUCACAGUUUCUGGGUUACCAGCAACAUGACUCUCAGGAGCUGCUGUCGUUCCUGUUAGACGGUCUACAUGAAGACCUCAACCGCGUCAAAAAGAAGGAGUAUAUUGAACUAAGGGAUGCUGACGGCAGACCUGACCAGGAAGUGGCAGAGGAAGCGUGGCGUAACCAUCUGCGGCGCAACGAUUCGGUCAUCGUUGACACUUUUCACGGCUUGUUCAAAUCAACUCUGGUCUGCCCCGAGUGCAAUAAGGUUUCCGUAACCUUUGACCCCUUUUGCUACCUGAGUGUGCCCUUACCUGUUAGCAAGGAGAGGGUCAUGGAGGUCUUCUAUGUCUCACUGGAUCCCACGGCCAAACCCACACAGUACCGUCUGAUUGUCCCUAAAGCUGGCCGAGUGCUUGACUUGUGCACUGCCCUUUCUCAGGCUACAGGCGUCCCACCCAACCAGAUGACGGUGACUGAUGUCUUCAAUCACCGCUUCUAUAGGAUUUACCAAUCGGAUGAGUCCUUGAACUGUAUACUGGACCGGGAUGAUAUAUUUGUGUAUCAGCUGAGCAGUGGCUGGGUGGAUGAGGAGAGUGAGGAGGUGGUUCUGUCCAUCUACAUGCGUGAACGCUCUCAUUACAGAGAUUACGGCUCCGGCAGCAACAGCUAUGGCACGUCUCUGUUCGGUCACCCGCUGCGCAUGUCUGUGCCACGAGCCCAUUGCACACCAGAACAUCUCUACCAGCUCCUCCUGGAAAGACUGGCGCGAUAUGUCCGUCCCCUUGACCCCUCAGAGGAAGUGGAGGAGGAAGAGGAAGAUGACGAGGAAGAGCUGUACAAGGCACAGACCAAUGGUGUUAGUGAUGAUGAGGGUGAGGAAGAUUCUGAGGAGGCGGGGUCAUCCAAGAAAGAGGAGGAGCCUCGAAAGAGCAAUGAGGUCAACGAACAGAACAAUGGCCAAUCAGAAGCCAGCCCUUGCAGCGAGGGGGAGGAGCGAGCCGAGGAGGAGGAGUCGAGCAGUGAACCAGACCGGGGCAGCAGUACGGAGGAGGGCCAAUCAGCAUGCGGCAGCACCGACACCACUGACGGCGACCAAAGUGCAGGAGCAGAACCUUCAGGAAAAGAAGAAGAAGAGGAUGAAGAUGAUGAGGAGGAGGAGGAUGGGGAAGAAGCCGCAUCCUGCACGCCAGCCAAUAAGAGGCAUCCGGGUAGAAGACGCUACACUGAGAGGCGGAAAAAAGCCCUUUUUACCAUUCAGGCGGUGAACUCUAAUGGCACCACAGAGAGAGGAAUGGCAGAGGCGGGCGGCAGCAUCUCUUUCAGCUCUCAGCCAUACAUCGCCAUCGACUGGGAUCCUGACAUGAAGAAGAAGUACUACAAUGAGAAUGAAGCUGAGAAAUACAUUAAGCAUCAGAGCAUGGACGUCCCUCACCAGCAAACAACAGUUCAGCUGCAGGAAUGUAUAGAGCUGUUUACCACCGUAGAGACACUGGAGGACGAAAACCCCUGGUAUUGUCCCACAUGUAAAAGACAUCAGCUCGCCACUAAGAAAUUGGAUCUCUGGUCUUUGCCGGAGGUUCUUAUCAUCCAUUUAAAGCGGUUCUCCUACACCAAAUACUCUCGAGAGAAAUUGGACACAAUUGUGGAGUUCCCACUGCGGGAUUUGGAUUUCUCAGGUUUGCUCUUAAAGAAGACGGUGAAUAGUACUGAACCUCCCUGUCCAUAUGACCUGAUCUCUGUGUCCAACCACUACGGCGGACUCCGAGACGGACACUAUACUAGUUAUGCCCGGAACAAGGACAACGGCCAGUGGUAUUACUUUGACGACAGCAAGGUGACCUAUGCAAGAGAAGAACAAAUUGUGACAAGCGCCGCCUACCUCCUGUUCUACCAGCGCCAAGACAAGAUCCGUCAGCCCAGCGUCCCUAUGCCCGUGCCCUGCUCCUCCCAGCCUGAGAACCACAUCUCCUCCCAGACCAAUGACAGCGCAGACGGAGCCUCGGCCUGCGUCAGCAUGGAGACGGACUGAUCUCUGCUGCUUCCCUGCUUCACUUCAUUCUUUCUAGCUCUUAUCACUUCCAUCUAAUCUCCAGUAACUUGAACCUCUGACUCCCACAGAGUCCACUCUCUCUCUGUGUCUCUCUCAGGCUGGUGCUCGAGCAUCACGGGAUUUCUUCAUGAAACGGGUUUGGCUGGUUGCGGCGGCGGAUUGCACUGAUUUAUCUGCAUCGCUUCAGCGAGGAUGAAUGGGAAUUUGGAGGUUUGCGGUUCUUCAUCACCCACACGUUUUUGAUUUCGUUUAAUUAUUUUUCUUCUAAGCUUGCGUUUUUCUGAGCUGCUGUCCACACUGGGGGAUGUUUGAGCGUAGAACCGACCAGUGAAGCCGCCGCAUGCUGGUUAGCAUCACGAAUAUUUGCAGGAGUGGUGUUUCUCAUAUCAGGGAUGUCAUGAUCAGAAAUCUUUCGGAUUUCUGAGAUCUUGUUGAAAACAAACUAACAAAAUAAAAUGGUGGGUGGAGGUUAACGAAUAGAAUCACUAUCUGUCCACUCACUCGUGAACUAUUUAUUUUCAUAAUCAGCAGAUGCUAACGAUUAUAAGUCUCAUGAGCGGCUUCUAAAGAUCUUCCAGUUUUAUUUUCAUUCAUUUCUCGUGAUAUUUCUUUGCGUUUGGGAAAACCCCCUCGGUUGCAGGACACAAACGGAGGCCUGUUUUCCUGUGAGAAUGACUUCUCUCGUAUUUUUAUUUGUAAAAAGUCUGGAAAACACAUAGUACAUUUUUUUUCCCAGACUAAUUGCGUGCAAUUUAUUACGAACUCUACAAACUCGUAAGCAAUGACAAUAUUUCAGCAAAGUGCUUUCUGGAUAGAGCUCUUGACUUGAUUUUUAAGGCACCUCUUUGUACAGUAUUUUUGUAUUGUAAGAAUAAAUGUUGGAUCACUUUGGAUCAAACGCUGGGAAACUGGGGCAAGCUUUCAUUUUAUUUUGUUAAUAAGAGUCAAUAUAUAUAUAAUUGUAUUACAGCUCUUUUGAUAUGAAUAAAUAAUGACCAAUAUGUCAA